CUGAGUAACUCAACAAAAUGGCUGAGCUGCAGCUGAAAUAUUAUCUUCAGCUAAAGACAAAGUAAGAUGUUGGGGGUGGGGAGAGUCAGGUAUGGGAGAUUCCCAGAAAAGCCCAGUAAACAAGAGUAGGGUUGUUAUGCAGACCCGAGUCCUUGCCUUCCGCAUUGAUAAGAGUUUCCGGAGAUAAGGUCAUCCCCCUUCUUCCUGGUACAGAGAGGGAGACACCUUUACAGAUGGAGAUUUCCCUUACAAAUGUACAUGUCUCUUACAAGAGUAACUUCUACUUCUACUUGGUUUUCAGAGCUUUUCCCGCGUGUGCAGUUUUUAAAAGUAACCAGCCCAAAAUAAUCCUUAUGCCAAAGAGACAUAUUUGGGGGUGGGCAAUUCUGAUCCCCCACAGUUGUGAAGGGCACUGGAGGCUGGCAGCAGCAUACCUCUGCUGAGAAUUCACCCGAUGCUUUGCCCUCUGAGGCUGCUUCCUGGUUGACCAUCUUUGGGGGCCUAUGCUCUGAUAUUUGUCUCAAGGAGUCCCAGGUAACACCUCAAAGACUUCAGAGCAUUUAGAAAAAUAAAACCUCUAUAAGCCUGCUCUAUGCUGAUCCCAUGGAAAAGGGAGUUUGUCCCCUUCUGGUCCCUGAGAUCCUGGCCAUCACCAGCACGAAGUGACCUGAGUCACCUCUGAGUGCUGGUCAGGCACAGCUCACCAGCCAAGAACUCCUCUGAUGCACACUGGCAGUCUAGCCAGCGGGAUGGUUGGAAUCCAUGGGGGCACUGGGAAGGGGCUGAGGGUCGCCUAGAGGGCAGGCAUGCUGUGGUCCAAGGCUUCCAUUCCCAAGCUCUGUGAACAGUCACCCCGGCCCCUGCCACAUGGCCCAGCCACCAGUACCUGGGGCUAGGGGCCGGGCCAGGCUGGUUCUCUCCUCCAAAGGGAGGCAGCCCAUCCACCUUUGCAGAGACCUGGAGCCUGCCAUGAAGCCAGCAGCUCUCCCUGUGAGCACAGAAGACACAGCCCCCAGUGGCAGGGGGAGGAAGCCCCUCUCUGAUGAGUGCCUGAGCCGGCCCUCCAGGCUUCCUCAGGGCCCCGGGCUCUGCAGGCAGUCAAAAGUGGGAGCUGCAUCCGGGACUGAAGAGGUUAAUGUGCAUCUGCCUCCGAAUGUUAAUGUGUCUAGGUGAUGUCAGUAGGAGCCGGGGAAGAAGGGAGUAGGGAGCGCAGUGGGGCUUGGAGGCAGCAGAGGCUGCCCGGCUGCCGAGGAAGACCCCCUUUCGGACUGCGGGGCUCAGGCUCUGGGACAAGGCGGGCGGGCGCUGGAGGCUGCCGCAGCCUGCGUGGGUGGCCCUGGGAACGGGCGACCGGCGCCGGCAGGAUGGACCUGGAAGCCUCGCUGCUGCCCACCAGCCCCAAUGCCAGCAACACCUCGGAUGGCCCGGAGAACCUCACCUCGGCCGGGCCACCUGCUCGCACAGGGAGUAUCUCCUACAUCAACAUCAUCAUGCCUUCCGUCUUCGGCACCAUCUGCCUCCUGGGUAUUGUUGGGAACUCCACGGUCAUCUUCGCGGUGGUGAAGAAGUCCAAGCUGCGCUGGUGCAGCAACGUCCCUGACAUCUUCAUCAUCAACCUCUCGGUGGUCGAUCUCCUCUUUCUCCUGGGCAUGCCCUUCAUGAUCCACCAGCUCAUGGGCAAUGGCGUCUGGCACUUUGGAGAGACCAUGUGCACCCUCAUCACGGCCAUGGAUGCCAACAGUCAGUUCACCAGCACCUACAUCCUGACUGCCAUGGCCAUUGACCGCUACCUGGCCACCGUCCACCCCAUCUCCUCCACCAAGUUCCGGAAGCCCUCUGUGGCCACCCUGGUGAUCUGCCUCCUGUGGGCACUCUCCUUCAUCAGCAUCACGCCCGUGUGGCUCUAUGCCAGGCUUAUCCCCUUCCCAGGGGGCACAGUGGGCUGCGGUAUCCGCCUGCCCAACCCGGACACUGACCUCUACUGGUUCACCCUGUACCAGUUUUUCCUGGCUUUUGCCCUGCCCUUCGUGGUCAUCACGGCCGCAUAUGUGAGGAUCCUGCAGCGCAUGACAUCCUCAGUGGCCCCUGCCUCUCAACGCAGCAUCCGGCUGCGGACAAAGAGGGUGACCCGCACAGCCAUUGCCAUCUGCCUGGUCUUCUUUGUGUGCUGGGCGCCCUACUAUGUGCUACAGCUGACCCAGUUGUCCAUCAGUCGCCCGACGCUCACCUUCGUCUACCUGUACAACGCGGCCAUCAGCUUGGGCUAUGCCAACAGCUGCCUCAACCCCUUUGUGUACAUCGUGCUCUGUGAGACCUUCCGCAAGCGCCUUGUCCUGUCGGUGAAGCCCGCAGCCCAGGGGCAGCUUCGAGCCGUCAGCAACACCCAGACAGCUGAUGAGGAGAGGACAGAAAGCAAGGGCACCUGACACUCCCCCUGCCAGCCUGGGUACCUCCAGCUCAGGACACCACAGCAGACCGUGGGGAGAGAUGCUGAGAAAAACCCAAGACUCCUCUGGGAGAAUGCAGGGAGUCUGGGUGAUGAGGGGUUUAUGCAACUAGAAACAUUCCACAGGGCCCACCAAUUGCUGGGGGAGGCUCAGAGCCAGGUGUGGAGGCUUCACACAUCAAAAAUCCCCUGGGGAGAGCAGGAUGAGACCUUUGGGUUGAAAGAAACUGUGCAAGAAGAAAAUUUUGGUUUAAAUGUUCAGUGGAGCCCUACAUCUGCUAGCUCCCAAAUGUCUUUUUUCUUUUGGUGAGGAAGAUUGGCCCUGAGCUAACAUCUGUUGCCAAUCCUCCUCUUUUUUUGCUUGAGGAAGAUUCGCUCUGAGCUAAUAUCUGUGCCAAUCUUCCUGUAUUUUUUGUAUGUGGGAUGCCUCCACAGCUUGGCUGAUGAGUGGAGCAGGUCCACACCUGGAUCUGAACCUGAGAACCCAGGCCGCUGAAGCAGAGCGUGGAACUUUAACCACUUGGCCAUGGGGCUGGGCCUCCAAAUGUCUUUUUCCCAAGAGAAGAGAUGGAAGGCUUCUGGCUGAGUUUAUUUGAAAUCAGGCUGGGCCAGGGUGUGGGUGGGGGGGCCAUACGACACAGGGCCCUGGGGAGACGGGAAAGGUGGUAUGGCCUCAGCUCUUUCCCGUGUCCCAUUGGUUUGAGGGAGGGCAGCCUUUCACCCAAGCUGGAGGAUCAUGAAAAAUGAAGAAUGCCAUCUUUCCGUGUUCCAGCAUCCUGUGUUGAUUUCCCUUUAUCUCCAGGGGAUGCAUGUUCAUUUUGGGGGGUGGGGGUGGGGCUGAGGCCACAGGAGUAAAAGCCCCCUUUGCUAGAUCUGCUUACUGAGAACGACAAGGCUACCUGAGGUGGGUGUGGGUGGGGGGGUCUUGAAAUUAAGAAAAAUGGGGAGGGGCCAGGGAGCUUUUGCAGCUGAGGGGACAUUGUUUUCCUGGGUCACAUUUGUCAAUCACCAGAUCCAGAGUGAGCAGCCACCAGGGUCCUGCAUGUGCAGGGGUCAUUCUGAUGCCUGCUGUGUUGGCAUCAUCUUUUGGCUCUAGCCCUUACUCUCCAAAAUAAAAACCAAUAAAGGACAAUCUCCACCCACAUCUCUCUGGAUGCUCCUGUAUAAUUGCUCGGGCUUAGGGGUGGGGGUGGGUGGCAGAAAAGGAAGGAGGGUUCCCCUGUCUGUAGAAUCUCGACCUUGGUUCAGGCUGCCUUUUAGGAAGCAAGAAGCAGGGGCUCUGCUUGUCUAAACCCACGGGGAGGAUUCAGUGACACAAAUGGAAUUACUAUGAAUUCAUUAAAUUGCAAUUCUGCUGCUGGGCUUGUUCUCAGGA